AUGCAGUACGUUAUAGAGAAAGCGUCUGAAUUACUACCGUUUGUGGUAAAAUAUAUGAGAUUGUAUGUUGACGAUAUGUUUAUGGCGAUCCCGAGGGAAGAAGUUGAUAACAUUCUUAACUACUUCAACAGCGUUGAUGACAAAAUUCAAUUCACGAUGGAGGUUGAAGUCAACGGUUGUCUUCCCUUCUUAGACGUUAUGGUGGUUAGGAGCAUGGAUGGUUGUCUUCGGACGAAUUGGUACACUAAUCCUACGAGUUCUGGGAGACUACUGAAUUUCAUGUCGAACCACCCAAUAUCUCAAAAAACAUCUGUUGCUCUGGGCUUAUUGCAUCGGGCAAUUAAUCUCAGCCAUGACAGUUUUCAUGAAGAGAACAUAAAACGGAACCAGGAGAGAGUCAGAACAGCAGAGAACAAGUAUUUUUUCAAAUUUCCCUAUAUUAGAGGGUUAUCACAACAUAUCUCGAGGGCAUUUGUUGGUACUGAAUGGAAACCAGCAAACUAUAACAUCAAAACAGUUGGGAGUAUUUACACGAGACUGAAGGACAAAGUUAAUGAAGAUCUUAUGUCCGAGCUGGUUUAUGCUAUACCAUGUGAAUGUGGAAAGAAAUACGUGGGACAGACCAAACAGUACCUAAGAAAUAGAACUAAUCAACAUCGGUUGAAUUGUCGACCAGUGAACAUCUUGAAGAGUGAGCAGACGGCGUUAGCACGGCAUCACUUUGAUACUGGUCAUAAUUUUGACUUCAACAGUGUUUCUAUUCUAGACAGAGAAGACAAUUACCUUAAGAGAAGUGUUAGUGAGAUGGUGUUUAUUUAUUUGAAUGACACUGUUAAUCUGAAAACAGAUUUAAACAAUCUAAGUUACUUGUAUAAUGGUUUGUUGGACAGCUUUAAGAAUGUGUCACGUCGCUAA